AUGGAUGUGUUCCAGAGGGUAGAGAAGAUCGGAGAGGGGACCUACGGGGUGGUCUAUAAGGCCAGGAACAGAGUGACUGGGCAGCUUGUGGCCCUCAAGAAGAUCAGGUUGGAUCUGGAAACCGAGGGGGUUCCCAGCACUGCCAUCAGGGAGAUCUCCCUGCUGAAAGAACUGAAGCACCCCAAUAUCAUCAAACUGCUGGAUGUGAUCCACAGAGAGAAGAACCUGUAUAUGGUGUUUGAGUUCCUCACUCAGGACCUGAGGAAGUACAUGGACUCUUCCCCCUCAGAGCUCCCUCUGCCUGUAGUCAAGAGCUACCUCUCCCAGGUGCUACAAGGGGUGAGUUUCUGCCACUCCCACCGGGUCAUUCACCGAGACCUGAAGCCGCAGAACCUGCUCAUCAAUGAGUUUGGGACCAUCAAACUGGCUGACUUUGGACUGGCUCGGGCCUUCGGGAUUCCCCUGCGCACCUAUACCCAUGAGGUGGUGACACUGUGGUACCGUGCCCCCGAGAUCCUCUUGGGCACCAAGUUUUAUUCAACAGCUGUGGACGUCUGGAGCGUUGGUUGCAUCUUUGCAGAGAUGGUGACUGGCAAAGCUCUGUUUCCUGGUGAUUCAGAGAUCGACCAGCUCUUUCGGAUCUUUCACACCCUGGGGACCCCCAGUGAAGCCACAUGGCCCGGAGUCUCCCAGCUGCCUGACUAUCAGGGUAGCUUCCCCAAAUGGAACAGGAAGGGGCUGGAGGAAAUCGUGCCUAGCCUGGGGCCGGAAGGCCAGGAGCUGCUCCUGCAACUCCUGAGGUAUGACCCCAGCCAGCGGAUCUCGGCCAAGACUGCCCUGACCCAUCCCUACUUCUCUACUGAGCACUCCCUAGCACCCCAGCGAUGUGCAGUGGAGCGUUUCUCCCACUGAGAACACGUAUGUGGAGCCCACCACCUCACACCCUCACCACGGCCUCCCACCCACUUCCCAAGAAAGCCUUUCUGGGGAGAACACACCCCGAGGGGGCUUGGGUUCCUUGCCUACAGGUUGGCAAGUUCCUGUAUUGUUUGUUGGAUUUAAUGGUGCACUUUCAAAAGGCCUGCAGCUGCUCCCGGCAUGGCGGGAGAGGGGGUGGUCUGGGGGGGUCGGGGGUCAUGCAUAACCCCUUAGACGCCAGACAACCGGCGUCGGGUUAGAAGAGACCCUGGCCCUUCGCCUUCACUGCGCAGCUGCAGAGCCAAGCCCCUGAGAGAGGGCGCCCUCUGCUGGUCUCGAUUUUGUUUUAGGCUAUUGGGAGAGUCGGAUUCCUGUUCAGAGGACCUAGUUAAGCAGGAGGAGGGCAGGGCAGCUCUCUGAUCCUAGAAGUGGUUCCAGCACCUGAGGAUGUUCUAAUAGUCACAGCGUCAAAAACAGGCAUUUGAUGUCCUACUGUGUGACCCAUGGGAAAUAAAACGUAACUUGUUCCUGA